GGUAAUGAAAGUUUUUGUUUCAAUAUUAAAUGGAAAAAUAAACCUCAAGUAUUUAAGUGUACUAUAUCAGUACCUAAAAUUGUGUGCAGUCACAAAUAUGAAAUGUGAAAUAGAAAAUUAAAAAUUUUGCAGUAGCCAGUAGCAGUCAAGGCAGACAUCAGCGACAGUUCGCUGGCUACAACUGUUGCACACAGUAUACGUGCAAAUCAAUCAGCGUUAGCUCCAGGAGUUUGAGAGUUUGCACCUCGCACGCCAAGCAUUUCCAAACACCCAGAUUGACCAGGUCUUCACCAUAUGCAUCCAUCAGUGUCAUACAAUUGCUGCUCGUCAUAUUUUGUGCUGGAUCCUAAAAGAUUGAGGAAAUCACACGGUACACUAUAUGGAGCAGUAUACACUAACACUACCUAUAUAAGAACAGUAGUAAUGUUGUAUAGUAAGUAGUCUAUAUAGCAGUCUGAAGUGACAUGUUGAUAAAACACAGCAAAUUCCAGAUUGUUGUUGCAUACAAGUGUGUUUUACUUAACAUCUCCACUAAAGUUCUUUGCUAAGUCAUAAAAUAAUAAUGACUCUAACUUCAGACUUGGAUGAUUUUGAGGACAGUUUGGACAACCUUUCUGAUAUGUUAAAUCGAAACUUAACUCUGAUGCAAGAACUCGACUCGAGAUGUCAACGAUUGAUGAACGAAAUUGACAAGACAGCCGACAAUUACAUGUCAAAUGUAAAAGAAUAUUCGGUAGACAAGAAUAAUGAAACUUUGGAAAGCAUACAACAUCAGUUUGACACAGCAAAACAAUUUACUGAUGAUAAAGUUCAAUUAUCUGUAAAUACUUAUAAAGUGGUUGAUAAUCAUAUUAGGAAAUUAGAUAUAGUAUUAGCACGAUUGAAUGCUGAGAUUGAAUUCAAGGCUGAAUUUAGAGACGCUGCCAUCAAUUCUACCAGAAAUUUACCAAUGAAAAAAGGAGGUUCAAAAAUGACAAGUGCAGCACCUUCAGUCAGUACUAUCACUGAUAGAAAAAGCCUUACCAAUGUUGCAGUAAAUACUAGUUCCCUAAAUACUGGUGCAUUAGUUGAUGUCGGAGUUCCAUAUUUGGCUGUAGUAGACAUGCCUAUUGAUCCAAACGAACCAACAUUUUGUUUAUGCAACCAAGUUUCCUUUGGUCAAAUGAUAGGCUGUGAUAACCCAGACUGUCCUAUUGAAUGGUUCCAUUUUGAAUGUGUCAAUUUAAUUGCCAAACCCAAAGGAGAAUGGUUUUGUCCAAAAUGUAUAAGUCGAAAAGAAAAAAAUUAACACAUUUUUAAAAUGAAAUUUAUUCAAAUUUUAUACAUACCUAGAUUGCAUACAAAUUGCAGAUAAACAUUUUUGGGCUUCUAUUCUAGUAAUUAUGGCAUCCAGGUACAAUUUAGGAGGCGUAGAAAACAUCCAGGCCAAAGGAAUGUCAUAUACUGUUUCUUUGUACUUAAUAUUUAAAAAUUAAAACAACAUAUUGUAUUAGUUGAUUGAUUUAUAUUAUCUAAUGGCUAUGAUAGUAUGGAAGUCUUAAAUAGCUCACAUUAAAGAUAUUAAUGAAAUAGUUUUAUAUUGGGAAAAUAUUCCUAAAUAAAAGAAAAUUGUAUGAACAAGUA